AUGUCUCGUACAUUGUACGAGUACAUGUCGGAUCGCUUCUGGUGGGCGAUCCAGGACGCCUGCACCGAGGCGGACCUCAAAGAAGAGCACAUCAACGAGUUGCUCACAGCAUACGAAGGCCAGCCCCUCGAAGCCGCCCAAGCUAUCAUCGACAGUGGCAGGCUGAACGCCGAGGAGAUCGACUCCCUCGCUCGACCGGUCCUCGAAUGCCUGCAGCGAGCAACGAGGACGCCGGUAGCCAACCAGGCUGCCGCAGAGAUAGAGGGAGGAAUCUACCUCAUGGAACUAGAGACACUAUGUGUCACACUUUUCGCCUCGUUGGAAGAACGAGAAAUCUCUUGGGUCUGUUGGAUCUUGCUUCACUUCGGCAUUCCACUUGCUAUUCAGACGUUCGAAGAAGUGGAGGAUGCUCGGGCAACCAUGAAGCUGGUGAGAUGGUCGGAUUCAUUGUGA